UGCACCAUAGAACAUUACUUGUUAAAGUGAAUCCAAGUUUAUGUCAGCAGUUGUACAGGAAACAAUUGAUGAUAAUCAGGAACAACCAGCUAAAGAGUGCAUCAUUCUCAACGUUGGAGGAGUUAGGCUAUCCUGAGACCAGACUUGGAAUGAUGUUUCGUGAGAAUACAAACUGGACUGUACCAAAGUCAACGAAUGAUGAAUAUUUUAUCGUACUGGGAAAGUGCCGAUACCCGAUGAUGCCAAUUGUAGGUAAAGGCCUAAUUCCAAUGUCACGUGAAGAACUUGAAGUUAAUGAAGUUGAGCUGGACUGCUUCCUUAUUCCUCGCACCAAGCCCCAAAGCAGUUCAAACGAGAGUUUUUACUACAAAGACUUUGAAUUCGUAGUCGAAGUGGGCUUUCGUGAGGAUGGUCGUAUCAGAGACUUGACUAUAAGUCCACCAGUUGCAGUAAAAAGUCAGAUAAAAAGCAUGCUUGAACGACAGGUGGAUAAGUUUGGGAAGGAGAUUGGUGGCCAUCUGGAUGCAACCGUUUCAGGAUUGCAAUGGUCAUCUGUUAAGAAACCUGAGCCGGAUUCUUUGGGUAAUUGGAUCGGAAUGGUGAAAUACUACCUGGUCAGAAUCGCUGUAAAGGAUAGUUUUUGUGAUCAUGAAAAGAUAGUUGAAGAUUCAAUACUUUCUGUUGCCAUUGAUGAUAUUGAUGAUGAUGAAGAUAAGGAAGAGGAGGAAAGUUUCAUUAUCACUUAUGAAGAAG